AUGGCCUUUAGCAACCUUUCUCUAUCCAUAUGCUCCAUUGCAUUACUCUUAGCCGCUCAAGUCUCCCUAGCCCGAAAAGUCGGUUAUGCCCCGAACCCCUCAAACCCCCACCAAGACUUCGUCGACGAACACAACAGAGCUCGAGCAGCAGUUGGCGUCGGUCCAGUCCGAUGGAACGACACUGUAGCAGCCUACGCUCAGAACUAUGCCAACACAAGAAUCAGAGGGUGUGACAUGGAGCACUCGGGAGGGCCUUACGGCGAAAACUUGGCGGAAGGCUAUGGAGAAAUGACGGGCGCUCAGGCCGUGAAGUUUUGGGUGACUGAGAAACCAAACUACGACUACGGCUCCAACAAAUGUGUUGGGGAUGAAUGUGGGCAUUACACUCAGGUGGUUUGGCGGAACUCGGUUCAUCUUGGUUGUGCUAGGGCUAAGUGUGACAACAAUUGGGUUUUUGUCAUUUGCAGCUACGAUCCUCCUGGUAACUAUGAGGGCGAGCGUCCCUACUAG